CGGACUGCUUCUUUACUCGUUUACGUAUAGUACAAUAAAGAGAACACAUACUGCAUGACUCUUACGUUACUUUCUUUUCUUUAGUACGUAAGGAAGCAAGAGUCUAGUGAUUCCACCCACUACCUAUUUAGUUUGCACGCACAAAGGGAAAAGAUAGGAAUGAUUUUUUCUUCUUGAAAAACUUUGCUUUUCUUCUGGGAGAUCAUCUUUGUCUCUAGCUAGUUCUUCCAUUGAGUUAACAUUAUCAAUUGGCAAAUUUGGCAACGGUCGAAGGUUUCAGUCAAGGUAGCUACAAGUCUGAAACGUGGUAGGAUUAUCCUGGGAGCGAGCUAGCCAGGCCCGUCCAAAUAACUAUCGGGAUACGGGGGCUAUCUUUCUUCAAGGCUAGUCCGUUUUAACGGGCGAUCCUGCGAUAAGUUUUCUUAUCAUUUCUAUUUAUUCAAUUUUGUUUAUUCUAAUUAUUAUAUUAUUGUUUUCUUUUCUUGCAUUUGGCGGUUUGUCUGGUGAUUUGUUUAAACUCGGGAUUUUUAUCUGGUUAAACUCUCACUUUUAAUAUCAUUUUUCUAACAAUGAUAUUAAAAGUUUGCCAUUUUUGGAUUUUCCAAAACUCGAGAAAUAAUAUCUUUCUUCAAGAUUGUUUGCAACUAUUGUGUUCUAAGCUUUGUUCUCGUUCGUUAUAACUUUAGUUUGAGUGCUAAACUAUUGUUCGAAGUCAUCGUAUCCUGGGAAACGAUCGUUGCAACGCUCCUAGCACCCCGGGAGGCAACAAAUAUGUUUUAAGGAAAUCGUGCGUGGCACGAGCUUUGGCUUAUUCUGCUUCAUCUCAUUUCUCGUUUUUCCUUUAAGUCAUUUUAUUUAAUUAAUUUUAUUAAUUAUUUUCUUAGUUUUUCGAAACACACCCAACAAUCUUAAAACGUAUUCAGUGAUUGUUCUACUACGGUAAACAAUCUUACACUUGUAGUUUGUCACCUUGGUGAACGAACUUGUUUUUGUGUUUCCGAAGAUCGUAAGAAACGAAAAAAUGACUUCUCAAGAAAAUGAAAAUGUUGUUGGGCAGAAUGCUUUGAACGGUUUGAACGAUAAUCACUCUGAAAGCGGAGCUCCGGUGAACAAUAGUUCACAACGCGGUGCAUCUGCUUUGGUUAACCAAAGGCCUAUCCCCAUGGUAACCGUGCCGAGCAACUCUGUGGAGAAACCCGAAAAAAUUAAUGGGUUAAACUUCAAGAGGUGGCAGCAAAAGAUGCUCUUCUACCUCACUACUCUCAGUCUUGCACGUUUCUUGACCGAGGACGCGCCGGUUGUAACCGGGGGUGAGGUGGAUGUGCAAUCUUUCAACGCGGUUGAAGCUUGGAAGCAUUCUGACUCCCUUUGCCGAAACUAUGUGUUGAACGGGCUGCACGAUGCUUUGUACGAUGUGUAUAGCAAAUUAGCUACAGCUAAGGAGCUAUGGAAUGCUUUGGACCACAAAUAUAAAAGCGAGGAUGCCGGCGCAAAGAAAUUUGUUGUUGGUCGAUUCCUUGAUUUUAAAAUGGUGGAUUCGAAGACGGUCUUGAGUCAAGUUGAGGAGAUGCAAAUGAUCUUCAACGAAAUUCGAGAUGAAGGAAUGACAGUUAGUGAGUCGUUCCAAGUGGCGUCUAUUAUUCAUUUAUUGCCGCCGGCUUGGAAGGAUUUCAAGAACUACCUUAAGCAUAAGCGAAAGGAAAUGAACUUGGAGCAAUUGAUCCUCCGUCUGCGGAUUGAAGAGGAUAACCGGAAGAACGAUGGGAAACUCCCAAUUGUUCACGGGCGUCAAGGCCAACGUGGUGGAGCAUGCAAAAGGCUCCAAAAAUAAAGGCAAUGGGAAGAGCAAGCUCGGUCCCAAAGGAGGCGUUUCCAAACCCAAGUUUAAUGGAAAAUUCUUCAAUUGCAACAAAAAUGGACAACAAGUCCUCGGAUUGCAAGGCACCAAAGAAGAAGAAAGACUCUCAAGUCAACAUGGUGCAAGGUGGGCAAAAGGAUGAAGACAUCAUCCUUGCGGCUGUGGUUACGGAAGUCAACCUCGUUGGAUCCAAUUCCAAGGAGUGGUUUGUGGACACCAGUGCUACCCGGCAUAUUUGCUCAAAUCGGGAGUUAUUCACAACUUUUGAGCCAUCAAAUGGUGAGAAGGUGUGGAUGGGAAACUCGGCUCAUUCCGCGGCGGAAGGCGUGGGCAAGGUGGUCCUGAAGAUGACUUCGGGCAAGGAGCUGACUCUUAACCAAGUGCUGUUCGUUCCGGAGAUACGCAAAAACCUGAUUUCCGGUUCGUUGUUGAACAAGCAUGGCUUUCGUAUGGUCUUUGAGUCGGACAAACUAGUUUUGUCUAAAUCGGGAAUGUAUGUGGGGAAGGGGUAUGCAGUUGAUGGGCUGUUUAAGCUCAAUGUAACGACUAUUAUUAUUAAUAAUAAUAAAAUCCCUUCUGCUUACUUGCUUGAGUCUUCCAAUGUGUGGCAUGGUAGACUAGGACAUGUUAAUUUUAAUUCUAUACGUAGAUUAAUUAACAUGAAACACAUUCCUAAAUUCACAAUUGAUGUGAAGCACAAAUGUGAUGUCUGUAUCGAGGCAAAACUAAUGAAAACGUCUUUCAAAUCGGUUGAAAGAAAAACGGAACCACUAGAAUUAAUUCAUAGUGACGUUUGUGAUUUUAAAUCAAUACAAACAUGUGGCGGUAAUAAAUAUUUUAUUACUUUUAUCGAUGAUAGCACUCGCUAUAUCUAUGUUUAUUUGUUGAAAAAUAAACACAAAGCAAUCGAUAAAUUCAUUCUUUAUAAGAAUGAAGUGGAAAACCAACUUAAUCGACGGAUUAAAACGGUUAGAAGUGAUCGAGGUGGUGAGUAUGAAGCACCUAUAGGUGACUUUUGCGCUAGUGCGGGCAUAGUACACGAACGUACCGCACCCUAUUCACCUCAAUCAAACGGUGUUGCCGAACGAAAGAAUCGCACAUUGAAAGAUAUGAUGAAUGCGGUGCGAGUAAGUUCGGGCCUGCCACAAAAUAUGUGGGGCGAAGCAAUCUUAACAAGCAAUUGCCUUUUAAAUAAGGUUCCCCGGAAAAAAUAUGAUAAAACUCCGUACGAGUUGUGGAAAGGUAGACGACCUUCUUAUCAAUAUUUGAAAGUGUGGGGGUGUCUUGCUAAGGUGCUUGUACCGACACCAAAGAAAAUAAAAAUAGGUCCAAAAACGGUGAAUUGUAUUUUUAUUGGAUAUGCACUAAAAACGGUGGUUUUUAGUGUACGAUUCGAAUAAUCCGGAUGUACAUAAAAACACAAUAAUUGAGUCAAGGAAUGCAUCAUUCUUUGAAGACGUAUUUCCAUGCAAGUCCAACGAUGGACCUAGCACGUCAAAACGAACAUUUGACGUAGCUAUGGAAAAUACUAGCGAGGGAUCCGGUGAAGAAGCCGAACCCUGACGUAGCAAACGUGCUAGAGUUGAAAAAUCCUUCGGAUCAGAUUUUCUCACAUACUUGUUAGAAUUCGAUUCGAAUAUUCUAACUUGUAUGGUAGAAAAUGAACCGGAUUUUCUAACUUGUUUGAUAGAAAAUGAGCCACGGACUUAUACGGAAGCCGUAACGUCUACCGAAGGACCGAUGUGGAAAGAAGCCAUCAAAAGUGAGGUGGACUCUAUCCUAAAAAAUCACACAUGGGAAUUGGUUGAUCUCCCUCCGGAAUGUAAACCUUUGGGAUCCAAGUGGAUUUUUAAACGUAAAAUGAAACCGAACGGUUCCAUUGACAAGUAUAAGGCCAGACUUGUAAUCAAGGGAUACAAGCAACGCGAGGGCCACGAUUACUUUGACACAUAUUAUCCUGUGACGAGAAUAAAUUCUAUUAGGAUGAUACUAGCAAUUGCCGCUUUGUGGAAUUUGGAAGUUCAUCAAAUGGACAUAAAAACCGCUUUUCUAAACGGCGAUAUAGACGAAGAAAUCUAUAUGGAACAACCCGAAGGUUUUCAUGUUCCUGGCCAAGAAAGGAAAGUGUGUAAAUUAAUUAAGUCAUUGUACGGAUUGAAACAAGCCCCUAAACAGUGGCACGAAAAGUUCGAUCAUGCAAUGUUAAUUAAUGGGUUUAAAAUAAACGAAAGUGACAAAUGCGUCUAUGUGAAGAGCACGGUAGACGGCUAUGUCAUUUUAUGUAUAUACGUGGAUGAUAUACUCAUCGUGGGUAGCAAUAAUCUUAUGAUUAAUUCUACCAAAAGCAUGUUAAAUUCUAAAUUUGACAUGAAGGAUAUGGGGCUGGCCGAUUUAAUCCUUGGGAUUAAAAUAAUUAGAGGACCUGACGGUCUGACGCUAAGCCAAUCCCAUUACGUUGAUAAAAUCCUUACUAAAUUUAAUAAGGAUGAUUAUCAAGAGGCAAGGACGCCAUUAGAUAAAAACGUACACCUGACCAAAAAUCGUGGAGAGUGUAUUUCUCAAGUAGAAUACGCUAGGAUUAUUGGCAGUUUAAUGUAUCUAAUGAGUUGUACCAGGCCUGCUAUUGCCUUUGUGGUCAGUAAGCUUAGUAGAUAUACUAGCAACCCCGGUGAUGAACACUGGAAGGCAAUAGUAAGGGUUUUGAGGUAUUUACGGAAAACCCAAAAUCUUGGACUGCACUAUGGAAGAUAUCCAUCCGUACUUGAAGGAUAUAGCGACGCUAGUUGGAUAUCUGACAUUAAGGACUCAAAGUCCACAAGUGGAUACGUUUUCACUUUGGGAGGUGCAGCCGUGUCAUGGAAAUCCUCGAAACAAACGUUAAUAGCUAGAUCCACGAUGGAAUCUGAGCUAAUAGCCUUGGAUAAGUGCACUGAAGAGGCUGAAUGGCUACACCAUUUUCUCGAGGAUAUUCCAAGCUGGGAGAAGCAUGUCCCUCCAAUAUGCAUACAUUGUGAUUGUCAAGCGGCAAUUGGAAGGGCACAGAGCAAUCUCUAUAAUGGUAAGUCUAGACACGUCCGUCGUAGACAUAACACCAUUAAACAACUUCUCACAACAGGUGUUAUCACUGUUGACUACGUAAAGUCCAGGGAUAACAUAGCGGAUCUGCUAACCAAGGCAUUGGAUAUAGAAUUGUUGAAGAAGUUGUCCCGAGGAAUGGAAUUAAAGCCCGUGAAUUGAAAAGUUCUAUAGUGGAUACCCAACCUAGUUAGUCCUAGGUUCAAAUGCGACAACUAAAUUAUAGAACCAAGGAUGGUCACUGUGGGGGUCCUGGACUCCUACCCAGUCCUCGUUGAAACAGUGACUCCCGCAUGAGGUUAGCAAAAACGUUUGGUUUAAUGAUUCUAAAAUGUUGAUCUACUCGAUAACAUUGGAAGAGUAAGCGGGAUACUCGUGAAAGAAUCACCUAUGUGAGAGAGAAGAGGGCCGCUUCAAAGGAGAACUGUAAAGGCUGAGUUCUUUAGAAACUCUUGCAGAACCAGGACGGUGAUCCAUGGCCAAAACGGGCACACCCAUGAGAACGGAACAAAGUUGGAAGGUUCUUGUGUAAAGAUAAGUCAAUGUUUACACGACGGCAGUAUAGUUCAAAGACAUCGAGUCUACUAGACAGCUGACGUGCACUUUGUCGUGAGUGCACUCAAAAUAAAUUCAAUACUAACACUUAUACGUAGUAUAGGUGAAGUAGAGUUCGUAUCCACAGGGAAAGGAAUAAUUUAUCUUUUUAACGAAAGGAGUAAAUAAAGGGGGUUUUUGGGUUGAAUGAUUUAAUUAAAUUAAACACGAAGAUGAACGAGUUAUAUGUGAUUUAAUUCAAAGAUAAAAAGGACUUGGCAUUGCUACUUUCCACUUGUUGAUAUAUUUUAGUCGAUCAUUGUUAUAUCUAUAACUUAUCUCCUCUCGAAUACUCAAUCGAGGAGUAUAUCCAAUUCAUCGAGGAUAGUUAUUAACAACAACCGUUCAUUAAUAACCUUUACUAUUAGUCAAGUAUAGAACAACGCCAUAUACCGACUUGGUAGUAGCAUUUAAUCUUUUAACUCCUUGAUGAAAUCAAUUGAGAUUGAUAACCUCAACACAACGGUUUUGGUUUAACCAACAAAAUUAAUCCCUCUUAAGUUUAUUAACCACGACCGUGCAUUAAUAAACCGAAGUUACUUACUUGUGAAACUAUCAACGAUUAACCAUUGGUUCGUUGAUCGAAUCUAGUAGUAAUUAAUAUAUGAAACAAAACUAGUUGAUCCUUUAAGUAAUGUUCAAAAUAUUAAUAUGAAAUAUGAAUAGGAAUUAAUUAAUACUCAAGGAAGAAUAUUAAAGAAGAUGAAUCCUACUAUAGUUAAUAUCAAGAUGUUAACUAAUUGUCAUCUUAGUAACACUCCCCAAUAUUAACAUAGAGGAAGAAAUGACUAUUACUAUAACUAAUGUCAAGAUGUUAACUAAUUGUCAUCUUAGCAACACUCCCCAACAUUGAUAUAGAAAUAGUAUUUGAAGAAAGAAUUAAUAUUCAAGGAAAGAAGUUAAGAAAAUAACUCACAACUUUAAUAAUCAACAAGCUUCAAGAGCAAUACCAAGAAUUGGAAGUUUAGCUCCUCAUUUGGAGACUAAACAUGCUAAAAGAAAUAUAGAGAAAUACUAUUCUAAACUGAGCUUAAGAGUAUAUAGGAAUCGGUUCCCCUAUUGUGAAGGAAAGGGGGUGUAUUUAUAGGCUUUUUGGGAGUGCAGCUCGGGUACUCGAUCGAGUAUAUAAAGAUACUCGGUCGAGUAUGUGUAGAAAUGCAAAUUCGAGGUAUACUCGAUCGAUUUCAGGUUUAAAAUUAAAGGCAUACUCGAUCGAGUAUGUAUAUAUACUCGAUCGAGUAUGAGUAGAAACUUGAAUUCGACCCAUACUCGACCGAAUUCAGAGUAUAAUUUAUAGUCAUACCCGAUCGAGUAUGUCGGUGUACUCGAUCGAGUAUCGACACUCGAUCGUGGUCAAAAUCUUCCCUGCAUGUUCCUUUGUUUUCAGAUCCGAUCCGAUUUGAAAUCUCAACAAGAUACUCGAUCGAGUAUAUGCUAUACUCGAUCGAGUAUAGGUCAAAAAUCAGGAUUUUGCCUUCUUUUUGUCUUGCACUCUUGCACCUUCCUUCACCAAUGAUCAUUGAAUUGAUCUUGGACCUGUUUAAACUCAGAAUGGACCUAAUCUAAACAUAUUACAACUAUUUUACAAACAUGACUAUUACACCAAAAGUGUGUAAUUUACGAAAUAUUAAACAAUUAAAACUAGCUAAAAACAUAAACAUACACACGGAAAUUACAAGUGUAUCAACUCCCCCACACUUAGUCCUUUACUCGACCUCGAGUAAACUAGAAACAUCCAAACAGUUUGAGAAUUUUUCAAGAGUUCAAGAAAGGAAGAAACUAAGAUCACCAAGGAAAAAAAUGAGUUUCAAUUCCAAAAACAAAAUUCUUUCUUGGGUUUUGUGAUCUUCUAUGCUCCAUCUUCUUGCCCUUUUUUUUCUUCUCUUUUUCUUCUUCUCCUCUUUUCAUUGUUUAAAGAGAUUGAAUGAUGUUCUACAGAAACAAAUUUUCUCUCAUAUCUCUCAUUUUGCCUAGGAGUCUUCUCUGGUUUUCAUCCUAGCAUCUCUUUUUUUUUUCUUUUCAUCCUUUCCACUCACUCAUUUUUUUUAAAGCCCUUUUUGCUUAGAUUGCCCGUUUUUGGGUUUUCAACCUAACUAGCAUUUUUUUUUUCAUUUUUUUUGUGUGAAGGAAAUAAUGCAAGUUACAAGGUAGAAAAUUAAGUAUGUUCCAAUGAGUGACUCCCCCUCACUUAGCUCGAAGCACUGUCCCUAGUGCUUGUCUUCGUUAUACCCGGGUUGAAACGGACAUCCUCAUUGUCCCUUUGCAUUUAUACUUUCGGCCCUCACCUUCUUAUGUGUCAUUGAAUGUUGUUUUUGGGUCUUGGGUUUCGGACUUGAGGGUAGGGAGUAGGGUUUCAAUUUUUUUUUUUUUGAAUGGAAAAAAAAAUAUGAGGAUUUUUGGGUAUUGGAUUGUAGAGAAAAGUGAGGAGAGUGUAUUGGUUGUUGUAUGAGUGAUUUGGUGGAGAAGUGAAGGAGAUAUGGUAGAGAGAAGGUAGAAAAAUGGAGUUUGGGGGAAAGGGGUUUGAAGUUUGGGAUGAUUUUUGGAGAAGAUGAAGUGGGUUGGGGUGUUUUAUGGGUAUAAACCGCAGGGGUACCCGAUCGGGUAUCACCCUAUACUCGAUCGGGUGCUGGAGACAGGGGGUGCAAAAAUGGCUUUUCCAGUGAUACUCGACCGAGUAUUGGUAGAUACUCGAUAGGGUAUAGGAGGCAGGCUUCCUUUGAUUUCGUCUUUCUGUACAUACUCGACCGAGUAUUGACAUAUACUCGAUCGAGUAUGCUUGCAUCUCUAAAAAGCUUUGUUGUUUCGAUCGAGUACUGAAAUUGAUUCCUCUUUUUUUUUUAUCCAUACUCGACUGAGUAUAUUUACAUACUCGAUCGGGUAUGCCCCCAGAUACAUUUUUUUUUAAAAACGCACACAUACUGAAAUAAACUGAAAAAGAAAACAAACCUUGCUUGGGUUGCCUCCCAAGAAGCGCCUCAUUUAACAUCGCGGCACGACGCCAUCAUUGUGUUCAAUCCUUCAAGCUUGGAUCAUGAUAAUUCACCUUCUUCACAUUUCCACUCCUAGGAUUUUCAUAGGAAUGCUCAAUAUUCCGACUCUUCACUUUGGAAAUCUUUCCAGGAUCAAAUAUCCAGAUUUUCAUUGAUUCACGUGGUCGGAGUGAGGGAAAGAAAUUAUCGUUAAACAUGGUCAACGAAAAAUGUUUUGAUCCCUCAAUUUCGCUGAAGAUUUCAAAAAUGUCAUUAUCCUUGUCAAUUUUAUGAGUUUCCCUCAAAAUUUUUAGAAUUGUUGUGGGUACCUCAAAGGAUGACAAGGAUAGAUAUUUGACCUUGAAACUUGGUUCAUCCUCUUCUUUGACUAGCUGGAGCUCUGCAUCCCUUUCUUCUUCUUCUACUUCUUCUGGAUUUUGGAUCUCCUUUUGCAUUUCCUUCUCAUUUGUCAAUGUGAUUGCAAAAGUUUGCUGUUUAGGAUCACAUUCUAUUUGAGAGGGAAGUUUUUCCGAAUCCCUUGCUUCAAGCCUACUUAUGGCUCCGGCUAUUUGAAUCACUUGAGUUUCCAAGUUUGAAAUGCUAGACUUGGUCUCAUUUUGGAAUUGCACCAUGUUGUUUUGCAUGGUGGUCAUGUUGGUAGCAAUAGCCCGGACCAUAUCCCCCGUAGACAUAUUAGAGUUGGAGAAUGGAUCAUACAUCAUGUGAGGUACAUCCCUUUCGUGACUAACGUCAUCAAUUUGUUCAAGGUAUUCAUCUUGGAGCUUUGGGCAGAAAUCCGUAAGAUGCCUGUGAGACAUGCAAAUGUUGCAUGUCUUGGCAUCUUGAGCUUCUGAGUUUAAGAUAAAUUCAUUUAUUAGAGAAGUCAAGAAGGAAAUUUGACUCUCUAAGGAUGAAAUGUUGGUAUCCAUACACUCAUAACUCAUGUAAGCUCAGAAAAUAGAAGAGUAAGUUUUUUUUUAUAUUUUUUUUUUGUUUUUUUUGUUUUUGAUUUUUAUGAGAUAAAAUAAAAAGAAAAUUAAUUGCCUUUCCCCGGCAACGGCGCCAAAUUUGACGUGCACUUUGUCGUGAGUGCACUCAAAAUAAAUUCAAUACUAACACUUAUACGUAGUAUAGGUGAAGUAGAGUUCGUAUCCACAGGGAAAGGAAUAAUUUAUCUUUUUAACGAAAGGAGUAAAUAAAGGGGGUUUUUGGGUUGAAUGAUUUAAUUAAAUUAAACACGAAGAUGAACGAGUUAUAUGUGAUUUAAUUCAAAGAUAAAAAGGACUUGGCAUUGCUACUUUCCACUUGUUGAUAUAUUUUAGUCGAUCAUUGUUAUAUCUAUAACUUAUCUCCUCUCGAAUACUCAAUCGAGGAGUAUAUCCAAUUCAUCGAGGACAGUUAUUAACAACAACCGUUCAUUAAUAACCUUUACUAUUAGUCAAGUAUAGAACAACGCCAUAUACCGACUUGGUAGUAGCAUUUAAUCUUUUAACUCCUUGAUGAAAUCAAUUGAGAUUGAUAACCUCAACACAACGGUUUUGGUUUAACCAACAAAAUUAAUCCCUCUUAAGUUUAUUAACCACGACCGUGCAUUAAUAAACCGAAGUUACUUACUUGUGAAACUAUCAACGAUUAACCAUUGGUUCGUUGAUCGAAUCUAGUAGUAAUUAAUAUAUGAAACAAAACUAGUUGAUCCUUUAAGUAAUGUUCAAAAUAUUAAUAUGAAAUAUGAAUAGGAAUUAAUUAAUACUCAAGGAAGAAUAUUAAAGAAGAUGAAUCCUACUAUAGUUAAUAUCAAGAUGUUAACUAAUUGUCAUCUUAGUAACACUCCCCAAUAUUAACAUAGAGGAAGAAAUGACUAUUACUAUAACUAAUGUCAAGAUGUUAACUAAUUGUCAUCUUAGCAACACUCCCCAACAUUGAUAUAGAAAUAGUAUUUGAAGAAAGAAUUAAUAUUCAAGGAAAGAAGUUAAGAAAAUAACUCACAACUUUAAUAAUCAACAAGCUUCAAGAGCAAUACCAAGAAUUGGAAGUUUAGCUCCUCAUUUGGAGACUAAACAUGCUAAAAGAAAUAUAGAGAAAUACUAUUCUAAACUGAGCUUAAGAGUAUAUAGGAAUUGGUUCCCCUAUUGUGAAGGAAAGGGGGUGUAUUACUAUAACUAAUGUCAAGAUGCUAACUAAUUGUCAUCUUAGUAACACUCCCCAACAUUGAUAUAGAAAUAGUAUUUAAAGGAAGAAUUAAUAUUCAAGGAAGAAGAUUAAAGAGAAUAACUCACAACUUACAAAUUCAUUAAGCUUCAAAGUAGCAAAACCAAGAUGGAAGAGUUUAGCUCCUCAUUUGGAGACUAAACAUGAUAAAAAUAUAAAGAAAGAACUUGUCUAAACUGAGCUUAGAAGUAUAUAGGAAUUGGUAUCAUAUUGUGAAGGAAAGGGGGUGUAUUUAUAGGCUUUUUGGGAGUGCAGCUCGGGUACUCGAUCGAGUAUAUAAAGAUACUCGGUCGAGUAUGUGUAGAAAUGCAAAUUCGAGGUAUACUCGAUCGAUUUCAGGUUUAAAAUUAAAGGCAUACUCGAUCGAGUAUGUAUAUAUACUCGAUCGAGUAUGAGUAGAAACUUGAAUUCGACCCAUACUCGACCGAAUUCAGAGUAUAAUUUAUAGUCAUACCCGAUCGAGUAUGUCGGUGUACUCGAUCGAGUAUCGACACUCGAUCGUGGUCAAAAUCUUCCCUGCAUGUUCCUUUGUUUUCAGAUCCGAUCCGAUUUGAAAUCUCAACAAGAUACUCGAUCGAGUAUAUGCUAUACUCGAUCGAGUAUAGGUCAAAAAUCAGGAUUUUGCCUUCUUUUUGUCUUGCACUGCACCUUCCUUCACCAAUGAUCAUUGAAUUGAUCUUGGACCUGUUUAAACUCAGAAUGGACCUAAUCUAAACAUAUUACAACUAUUUUACAAACAUGACUAUUACACCAAAAGUGUGUAAUUUACGAAAUAUUAAACAAUUAAAACUAGCUAAAAACAUAAACAUACACACGGAAAUUACAAGUGUAUCAACAGCCAGUAAAUAAACGAGUCUUUUCAGCGGAAGGUUCAAAGGAUUAAACCUACCUCUCCGUAUACAAGGAUCAUCCGGUGAACACAACGUGUCCUCCUAUCUUCGUGUCUUUUUAAGUCUCGAAAAUCAAUUUUCAUUCAUGUGGGGGAUUGUUGGAAAAAUGUGUUGGAAAUUGCAUUAAAUGGUCAUUUUGGGGAAUUUUUUUGAGUGGGGUUUACUUCCGAUUUGGGUCGGGUCAAAGUGGUUUCAGAUUAUCCUUGCUUAGGGCUACAAUUCGAUAUAUGGUCCGCUCAAAACGGAUAACGGGUGAAUGAGAAAUUGAUUCUCGAAGUUCACUCGUUGGAAUGGAGAAAACUAGGAAAAUGAUGGGUUUCUAGUGUGGUUUUCCCACACCGGAAAACCCAAGGGAAUUUGAACCCUUUAUAAAGGGAAACCCCCCUUAAGGAGUUAAGAUUCCUUAGGGUAAAGGCUCUCUCCACGCACGCAGGGGGGUGCGAAUCAAAUCCCGAAACCGGAGAACAAAAAGCCCGACUUGCGUGCGCGGGCGACCUGCAGACACGAAUGUCGUCCGAAAAUUCUAUCUUCUAAAGAUAAACGUUAAAUUUUGUUCCUCCGUUAGUUUCCAGAUUUUUGCUCCAUGUUGGAGCAGGCCACUGCUACGUCCGCAAUGGGCUCGACAGCAGGCUACUGCUCUGUGCGAGCAGUUGGCUCCACAACAGACAGCUGUUGGGACGUUACAACGCCAUAAAUGCCCAACGUUCCUUUGCAAUAAAUGGACGGUUUUUUUGGACGAAUCAAUGCCAACAAGCUGGACAUUGAUUGCCAACGUUCAUAUCCAUUAAACCUCCAUUAACACACCUCCAAAUCCUUCCUAUAAGUAGCUCGCAGGUGAUUUGCAACAAACACCACUCACAAACGUACUCACACAGUUUGAGCUCCCGAAAAACACCUCCAGUUUCCGAAAUUCCUUCUGUGUUCUAAGCUUUGUUCUCGUUCGUUGGAACUUUAGUUUGAGUGCUAAACUAUUGUUCGAAGUCAUCGUAUCCUGAAACGAUCGUUGCAACGCUCCUAGCACCCCGGGAGGCAACGAAUACGUUUUAAGUAAAUCGUGUGUGACACGAGUUUUGGCUUAUUCUGUGUUAGAGGACGGUUCUUCCAGCUGAGGUCUCCUAUUUCAUCCUCAAAGGAUGAAUUUCACCACCAAGGACAACUAGGGGAGAAUGGGCGUCAGCCAACAACCUUGGAUUUCCGGCCAAAUCAGUUCUGGCUCCACCGAGGAGCAGAGGUACGAAUUUAGGAGAAGAGUUUCGGCCAACUUCCUCCAACGAAGGAGAAGAACGAUUUAAAUAAGUCUAGGCACCAAUGAUAUACAAGGAAACUUUCCAAGAGAACAAAUAUUACAGGGAAUCGUAAUUCAAGGAAAGGGAAUGACGCUCGGCAAAGGAAAGUCUUGGCAAAGGAGACGCAGUACACAUGUGACCAGUUCAAAACAUGGGCCGGUGCAAUCAUAACUGAAUUUGGGCUUAGGGAAAGAAUUCGCAGACCGCGGAGCUAGGGUUGAGAGGAGCUUCUUCCGCCAAGCCUCUCAACCUCCAUGGAGUACAAGCAACUUCAAUAAGCAUCUAUGGCCUCACGGGGAACUCCAAUCUCUUUUCAAGAAAGCUUUGUGUCGUUUCGGCUAAUUUGGGAAAAGUCUAUUGGGCGAGGAGAACCAUCGAUUUCAGCCCAGCUCUUUCAAUCUCAUGAGGUAUGAAGGAUUAUCUUACCGAUGAAAAAGAGCUAAUCUUGGAGCCAUCAUUCAAAUGGGCAGGGAAUCCUAAUAUUACUUUACUUGUUAAAGCGUUUGGAUUAAAAGCAAAUGUCCAGCUUGUAGAUUUUUAGAUCUUUGCAGCACCACGCAAUACCGUGAAACCUUUGGUCCCAAGCUUUCCAUGUUUUUGCAAAAUAAUUGGGUCACUUAUGGAUAAGUUCUAUUGUCAGAACAAGAAGGAAUAUAAUGAGCUUUCCACGUUAUUAUUCAAUACUCAGGAUGAUGCUAUAAGAAACUUAUUUAGUGCAAACAUAGUCUAUGAAUUCAGUGCCCAAAGUUUCUUACUUGCCUGGUUGGAAGCAAAAGAUAUGUUAGGUAAUGAUUGGGUGCAGAUACACAAAAGGAUAGUCCAGCAACAUGUUAACCAGAACAAGAGACUCUCUUGGUCUAAGUCUGUAUCAAUCACGGAGUUUCAACAAGUGGAAGCAGUUCAUUCACAUGUGAUGCCACUCCGAGUUCCACCUCCAGCAAUGUUCCGAGAGCAAUGGUGGAGAACAGGUACAAGACUUUCAACAUGCUGUUUGAAAAACUUCAUCAAAGGUCACAAUGGAAAGUUCCUGACCGCGAGUUGCGUGAGUCUUUGAGACUCCCAAUCAGUGAAGUUCUCUUGAUAGCUUAUAGAUCUUUCAAUACACGUUUUGGGACAAUAUUCAUUCUGCUAUGAUAGUGUUAAGGAAGGAAUACACAUGGCUAAUUGGAGGUGUCCUCCCACAAGAAGAGCUCUUUGAAUGGAAGCUUCUUUAUCACAGUGCAGUUUUAAUGGCUUAAGCUUCAACACCUUCCUGGGAAAUAUGGUGUAAGUCUUUUGCGUUUUCUCAUUUCCUCCAAUAAUGUAUAUUAUGUCUGACUCUCACCUUGGUUGUGCAUUUAUGUUGCCAAGUUAGACUACUUUGUGAUCACGUAUCAAGGUCAUCUUUAACUUCUAGGAGGCCCGGUGUCAAUCAUAAAAUUUAGCUCUUGUAUAAAAAAAUAUGUACACAUCAUAGUGCUCAUAUUUUCACAAUAGAAGUCUAAAGUGGGAUCAUUUUAAAAUAAGUGUGCGUGUACUAUACAUACAAUUUUUUCAAAAUUUGAGAUCUUUUAGAUUAAGAGGUGUCGUGCUACAUCGUUUCUUGCAUGCCUUGUUAGACGGGCAUAGUGAAGCACAAAAACUCUUGAAAAGAGUGCAUUUAUAUAUGUUCAUAGUCAUAAACUCUACAUGAACUGAAAUUCUCGAAACACUUGUUUUUCAUGUUUCUAUGUAUAUCUCACCUUUUA